UCCUUCCUGCUGUACACUGAUUCCACGACAGAAGUCCUACACUUCUGAGGGCACACCAGCAAAACACCAUCGACAGACAUGGUACAAAUGAGGAAUGUUGACUGAAGCAAUAGACCCAGAACAUGAGCAUGUUAUAUGUAUCACUAUCAGUACAGUAGUUGAUUAAAAAUAAAUGCUUUAGUAUUUGACAGAGUAGUCUUGGAAACUCCUCCAGAGGCCAGGUAAAGCAGCACAGAGAAGGAUUAAGAUGAAGUCACCAUGUUGCCAAUGUCCGCCAUGGCGAAGAAGCUGGACCUGUCUAAAUUGACUGACGAGGAGGCCAAACACGUAUUUCAGGUCGUCCAGAGAGACUUUGACCUGAGGAAAAAAGAGGAAGACAGGCUUGGCGACCUGAAGACCAAGAUAGAGAAGGAGGACACCAAGCGAGAGCUGCUGGUGGGCACCCAGACCAGCCUGACGGACUCCCUCUGCAUCCGCUGCCUGCAGCCCUUCAAGUUCCUGGUGAACAGCAAGCGGCAGUGUCUGGACUGCCAGCUGUACACCUGCAAGGCCUGCAGCCGCUACAACAAGAAGGAGAGGGGCUGGGUGUGUGACCCCUGCCGCAUGGCCAGGGUUCUGAAGAUCGGUACUCUGGAGUGGUACCAUGAGAAUGUGAAGUCGCGCUUCAAGCGUUUCGGCAGUGCCAAGGUGAUGCGUUCCCUGUUCAAGAGGCUGAGCGGUGAUUUCAGCGGCUCGCAGAACAACCUCACAGUUCCCCAUGACGACGACACAAACAGCAUGCCUGAAGUCCACACCAGUAUGUAUGAGGAACACACCAUGGAUGCAGCAGAGGAGCAACACUGCAGAUCGCUGAGAAGGACCAAACGGCUUCUUCCGGUUCAACCUUUUGAUUUUGAUCUGGAUCCCAACUACUCCACCCACUCAAGAAGACAGUCCUACCAGUGUCCACAAGACGCCCUGGACAGCAGGAGGGAGUCCAUGAUCGCCGAGGCCGACAUGGCAUCCAUGUUCCAGCAGAUCCUGGAGGAACAAGUAGACAUAGACCCAGAGUUCAGCACAGAGGUCCAACUCCGCUCCAAGCACCGGGCCAGUCUGGACAAGUCUGGACGCUAUGACGAUGGUUUGUUCCCUGAGAGCAGGAGGCCUCGUUCCUUGUCCAGGGUGAGCCACUCCUCGGCUGGUAGUACCAGCGGGGCUCUCCUCCGCAGCGGGUACGAGGAGGAAGAGGAGGAGGAAGACUUCCGGCACCUCCCGCUCUACCGUCGCCGACGCAGCCUGGCGUCUCAGGAGAGCCUCAGCCAAUCAGCUCCUCCGCCGAUCAGUGAGCUGAACAAACGCAUGUCGGCCAUUGAGACCCUUCUGAGCCGCCUGGAGCAGAAAGUGACUCCGCCCUCUGACCCGGCCCCAGCCAGUGUCCCUCCCCAGCCGCAGUGGAUCCAGGUGGACAUGGAGGAACUGCAGCUGAGACGGAAGCUGGAUGAGCUGACAGUAAACAUCAGCGACCACAGCUUGAGCUCCGAGGAGGACGAGCCCAGAAGGCCAACGACCACCAGAGCACCCCCAGAACAGAGCAGCGUGAGGGGGGAUGCCAGCCCCCCAAGACCCCCCUCCAGCACCGGUACCCUGGCCCCGAGACCUGGAGAAGCGUCGCUGCUGUCUGAGCUAGAGGGGAAGGUGGCCUGGGCCGCAGCCAGCGUCCACACCUCUCAGACCGAGGUGUCGGAUAUUGAGAACAGGAUUGCUGCUCUGAGUGCUGCAGGGAUGCCCGUGGAUAAGACCAGGAGGAAGUCCGCGAUCCCGUCCCAAUCACGACGGCUCUCCCACGACUUUCCCACAAAAGCCAGUAAUGGUACAGGCCCCAUGAGGAGGAAGCUGAGCAUCAUGUGAAGGAAAAGAGAAAAUCAAUUUUGACAACAAACCCUCCUCAGAAAAGAGCACCUGCUGAAGCUGUGGUGUCUACUGUGUUUCCACUGUGGUGGCUUGUGUGUUUCCACUGUGGUGGCUAGUGUUUCCACUGUGGUGGCUAGUGUGCUUCCACUAUGGUGGCUAGUGUUUCCACUAUGGUGGCUAGUGUUUCCACUAUGGUGGCUAGUGUUUCCACUGUGGUGGCUAGUGUUUACACUGUGGUGGCUAGUGUGUUUCCACUAUGGUGGCUAGUGCUUCCACUAUGGUGGCUAGUGUGCUUCCACUGGGCCAGUCCCUCUGCGGUGUCUCUCCUUACCUUAACGUAAACAGUAUGUUCUAUAUGAUCUCAGAUAAUGUGUUUGAAAGGAUGUUCAAGUGUGGAAUGAUGUUUGGAUAUUUAACAGACUUUUGUUGAUGGGCUGGUACUCUAUAUCAACCUAUAUUCUUGUACAUGUUCAAAUGUUCAUGGUACUCACAAUAAGAACUGUUACUAAUGCGCUUGUUUAAAUCAUCAUAGUAACAAAUAUUAUACAAUGUGUCAGCCCUGUACUGUCAUGUUACUUAAUUGAUAGCUCAAUCCUACUUUUUUUGAAGCAGGAAAAUCUUUUUCAAAUAAUUCUCCAACCAGAUACCUCCAAACAGUAUAUCUGUCUUUUUUCUCUCUCUACAUAUGUCUGUUGUUCUACCCGUCUACUGUACCUAACAUAACGAUACUGUUAGUGUUAGUCAAUGAAUCCUUCUUUUGUUUUCCCCAGGGGUCCUAUCCAAACAUGACAGAUGAAAUAACUAUUUAACAUGAAUACGCAAUUAUUUGUACAUUUUAUAAUAAGUAUUAUCAUACAUGUAGUAACAUUGUUUUUAUUUGUGGCAAAAAGUCACAUCUUUCGUAUGAUUCAAUUUUGAUUAACUAUUUAAACCAUGUUAGUACUUAUUCAGGAAACGCAAUGCCGGCUAUCAACUUCACUGACAUUGCACUAAUUAAAUGUGAACCACGGAAUUUGAUUUUGUAGAUAUUCUGUUUGGAGACCCAUUAAAUCCCAAGGUAAUUGUGUAUUACAGUUUACCUUCUCGUGUUUGUGUGAGCUUGUUGACAAACAGCCAGCCAGGUACUGAUGACUGUGAACAUGGUGCUUCGAUCCUUAAUCGUAGAUGCUGAUGCUUUUCUCACAACUUUUCUGCAGGAAGGUUUAUUCCAGUUUUUGUGAUCUCCCAAAACUGUACGCUAAUGCACACUGGUGUGAGAUGCGCUGCGUUUCCAAGGUCGUUGCUGCCUGUAGUUUUAUGAGGCUGCUUCCAAACGAGAAGUGUUCCCGUUGAGAAUGCCAGUGGACCGUGUAGGAAUGUCACUAGAUGCCACACAUUACACUUCUCAAGACAGUUUCGAAUGAUUUCUGGUCCUGACUAAGGUGGCUUCUUCUCUGGUCCUGACUAAGGUGGCUUCUUCUCUGGUCCUGACUAAGGUGGCUUCUUCUCUG